CGUAUGAGGGCUAUAAAACGAAAAAGAAGAAUUUGACUUAAAUGACAGUUGAAGUAUAAACAAAAGUGAUUGGGUUAUUUUUAGUAUGUUGAAUUUUUGUAUAAAAUAGGCAUUAUUAAAAAGAAAAUGCUCACACCAAGAUUCAAAUUAUCACAAGAUGAUAGAAGUAUAACAAUAGAAAUUAGAGCUCCUUAUUGUUCAUUGCGUGAAUUACAGGUGGAAGUGGAUGAAAAUGUGUUCUUAUUUUUCUGCAAACCUUAUUUUCUGAGAUUGUUUUUACCUGGAAAAUUAAUUGAGAAUGAAAAUUACAGGAGUUCUUUUGAUUGUGAAUCAGGUGAAUUUACUUUUACUUAUGACAAAGCAGAAUAUGGAGAGCAUUUUGAAGACCUUGAUUUUAUAACCAAAUUUUUGGUUACCAGAGUUGAAACUACUUAUGAGAAUAAACCAAAUAUUUUAGUUAUCGAUAAUGAAGCUAAAUUACCUAAUGAAAGCGAUUUAUCUCAAGGAUUCGGUUUUGCAUUAAUGGGGCAUCGCAACUUUGUAGCAGUAAGUUCAGAAUUCAGUGAAGUUUUUGAAAUAGAUCCUAGUGAAGUCAAUUUAAAAGAGAGGCGAAAACUAAGAUUACAAUUUGAGCAAGGAAAGUUCGACAUGGGCCAUUAUUUAGCAGAUUAUAUAGAAAAUGAAGAUAUUCUGAGUCUGUUACAAUUAAAGACUCCUUGGAACGAUAUAAAAGAUGAUGAUAUAACUUUCAGUAACAAAGAACUAGACUUCUUAAAAGAUUUACCAAACAUAAAUUAUGAACUGUCAGAAUUACAAAUUAAGUAUGUUUUUAAUGGGUUAAUUGAUAUUUUGUAUGCAUAUUGUUAUGACGGACGAACUACAGACUAUGAUACUAAUUCAGAAUCAGGAUGGACUAUAGUUAAACUUUCUGCAACAUUAUGUUGGCUAGAUGCAUUUGAUAACACCAAAGACGUUUUAAUUUCAGCUUUCAGAAGAAGCGUUACUUAUCCACUAUUUAGAAAUUUUGAAUUGAGUUUAAAGGUGCUAGAAGAUUUAAAACAAUUAUUAAAGUUGAGUGACAAAUACAUAAUAAAAUGUCUGAUCCAAAUUUACUAUAUAUUUUUGGGAGGCGAUUGUUGCAGAUACAUUCUAAAUAACUUAUUUAUUAAAGAUUACAUAAUAUACAUUAUUAAUUGGGACAGAAACAGAUGGAGAGAAUUUUUGAAAGAAGUUGAUUCUUUGGAAAUUAAAAAAGAAGAACUAGGCUUUAAUUUGUUUGAAAUUGAACAAGGAUUUACCUUGGAAAAUAAAAUGGAAAAUUUGAAAAUUUCUGUUGUAAGUGAUGAUAGUGAUGAUGAAUCCUCAGAAUCAAGUGAUUCAGAUGAUAGUAGCGAGUCAGAAACUGAAUCGAGCAGUGAAUGUCAAUCUAAUACCGAAACAGUUGGUGAAAAAGAAAAAUACAUUACUACUGAUCUUUAAACAAGGUCUCUAUAUUGAAGUUUAACAUUGUUAAAACUCGAUGUUUUAAGGUCCUUGAACCCUUCUUAAUGCUCUAAGAAUCGACGAUUGUACUUAUAAGGAUCCUUCUUCAAUAGCUGCAGCACAUUAUGUAACAUUAUGAUUUUGGAGAAUGAGAUGAUUUAGAAACAUUGGGGGUAGCAAAAUUGAAGUAGAAUAUAAAUCCUAGAGUUCUUUCAUUAAAAAAAUUUGACAAAUUAUGAAUUAUGUAUUAAUUUUGCUAGGAGUAUAUAUAUAGUGUGAAUUUUAUUCCAAUAAGACUUUAUUUUAAAUUAAAAUAUCAUAUAAUUUUCACUAUAGGUAUUAAUAUGAAAAUUUUAAUCUGUAAUUAUAAAAAUACGUAUUAAAAUAUUUUCAUACUGAAA